AUGGGCAAUAUUAUUAUACUAAACUUUACUUUUUUCUUUCCACGCUCCCAUAAUGGAUUAUUUAAAGGCUUGGUGUCGUUGGCAUUUGCGGGUUCAAUUGGAAUGACUUUUGUUAUAUUAGCUUGUGCCUUACCACAAUAUAAGUUAUGGUGGCCAUUCUUUGUUGUGCUAUUCUAUAUACUUUGCCCGAUUCCCACGAUGAUUGCACGAAGGCAUACAGACACUGCUGGUGGCACUAACUCGCCCUGUAUGGAGACAGCCAUCUUCAUUACUAUGGGUAUUCUUGUCAGCUCAUUUGCCUUACCAAUUGUACUGGCAAGGGCCCAUGCGAUACUUUGGGGUGCAUGUUAUUUAACUCUAGCCGGCAAUGUGAUUGUAUAUCUGACCAUUCUAGGCUUCUUCACCAUCUUUGAUAUGGACGACUCAGAUUAUGCAAUGUGG